AUGUUCGUGCAAAUGCCCUUCGACGACCUCAAGGUCGAUCCCAAUAAGAAGAGAAGAGUGGCAUACUUCUACGAUGCUGACGUUGGUAACUAUGCAUAUGGCGCUGGGCAUCCCAUGAAGCCUCACCGUAUCAGAAUGGCACAUUCGUUGAUCAUGAAUUACGGUCUCUACAAGAAAAUGGAGAUCUACAGGGCCAAGCCUGCUACCAAACAGGAGAUGUGUCAGUUUCACACCGACGAAUAUAUCGAUUUCUUGAGCAGAGUGCUGCCGGACAACUUGGAUAUGUUUGCCAAAGAGCAGGUGAAGUUCAACGUCGGAGACGACUGUCCUGUUUUCGACGGUUUAUUUGAAUACUGUGGUAUUUCUGGAGGUGGUUCUAUGGAGGGAGCAGCCCGUUUGAACAGAGGUAAAUGUGAUAUUGCAAUCAACUACGCUGGUGGUUUGCACCAUGCGAAAAAAUCCGAAGCCUCUGGGUUUUGCUACUUGAACGAUAUCGUGUUGGGAAUAAUCGAGUUGUUGCGUUAUCAUCCCCGUGUGUUGUACAUUGAUAUUGAUGUCCACCACGGUGAUGGUGUUGAAGAGGCUUUCUACACCACAGACCGUGUCAUGACAUGCUCCUUCCACAAGUACGGUGAAUUUUUCCCUGGUACUGGUGAGCUUCGUGAUAUUGGUGUUGGUAAGGGUAAGCAUUACGCUGUGAAUGUGCCUUUGAGAGACGGUAUUGACGAUGCUACGUAUAAGUCAGUGUUUGAGCCUGUGAUUUCCAAGAUUAUGGAUUGGUACCAGCCAUCGGCAAUUGUAUUGCAAUGUGGUGGUGAUUCUUUGAGUGGUGACAGGCUAGGCUGCUUCAACUUGUCCAUGCGUGGUCACGCCAACUGUGUCAACUUUGUCAAAUCGUUCAAUGUUCCUCUCAUGGUUGUCGGAGGCGGUGGUUACACAAUGAGAAACGUCGCCAGAACGUGGGCCUACGAGUCCGGUUUGUUGAACGAAGUGAACUUGCCUAACGAGUUACCGUACAACGAGUACUAUGAGUAUUAUGGACCAGACUACAAACUCGAUGUGAGGCCGUCUAACAUGUACAACGCUAACGCUCCAGAGUUCAUGAAUAAGAUCUUGACGAAUAUUAUCGCCAACUUGGAAAACACCAAGCACGCUCCUUCUGUGCAAAUGAAUGAAAUCCCUCGUGACGCGGAAGACUUGGGUGAUGAGGAAGAAGACUCACCCAUGGCUAUUGACACCAAAGGUGGUUCGCAACAGGCAAGAGACGAGAGAGUUGUUCCUGAAAACGAGUUCUAUGACGAAGAGGACAAGGAUAUUGGAGACCGCCACAUUGGUCCUUCAGAAACCUCUACUGCUGGAGAGAAACGUGAAGCUAAUGGUGCCAGCGAAGGAGGUAAUGAUGAACCCGCUACAGAGAAGAAAGAAGAGGAGGAAAAGCCUCAAUUGACAGAAGACGAGCAGAAGGAGAUCGACGAACUCAACAAGGAAGCCUAG